AACAGUGUCUCACUCGGUCAGUCGGUCUAGAGGUUCGACACCAGAAUAACGCUUUUUUUCUCGCCGUGCCGCGUGCGACUCGCGAUCAUCAUUCCGGCGGGGUGGUGGAACAUUCCGCCGCAUUCCUGGUCCCAGCCAAACCAACCCGGUCACCGAACCUCUUCCGGAUUAGGACGUUCGUUUUUGAUUUGUGUGUGAAAUUUGAACGAGGGGACCUCCAUCGCGGUGAACUAUUGUUUGUUUUUCGGUGAAAUUUGUCAAAUUUGCCGCCGGCUUUUCCGCAGUGGCGUUUUUGGAGGAAUCCGACGGAGGACUUCGACGCGGGAGCAGGCAGCGAACCCGACCCAGUGUGAAAAGAAUAUCGAAGAAGAGUUUGACAUAAAAAGUUUGUGUUCAUAAAUCAAUUCAGGUUUGAAAGUAUUUUUUUGUGAAGUUCCCAACCAGAGCAGAACUGGCCGUUGGUGAAACAGUUGCGCCCCGUUUUUUGUCAGCGCUCCUCCUAACAUUACUCAACUUUUUUGCACCGGGGUUUUCCAGCGAUUGGCGAUCGCUAUCACAGUGAUACUGUUCAGCAACUACAGAAGAAGAAGAAGCAAAAAAAGGAUCAACGAAGCAAAACAGUUUGGUGGAAAGCGGCUGAAGAAGGGCCGAAGAAGGCAGCGAAAAAAAAAUCCGUGUGUAGAUCAUUAAUUAAUUUUACUCUGUCGAGUGGAAAAUUAUAUGUAAAUUUCUUGCACGAGGGGUGCAUCAACGAGAGAGAGAAAAAAAGUACCCUCCGCGCAAAAAAAAAAUAGUUUUACACCCCCGGGAGAGAGAAAAAAAAAUGUAAUAGAGAGCACUGAGCGGUGAAAAGUUUGAUCAACCGAAGAUAAGAGUGUGGCGCGAGUGGAGCGCCCCUCGGCAAACGUCAAAAAAUGGGAACAGCGCUGUGACUUCUGCAUAGGGGAAGACAAAAUUGGUAAACAAAAAAAAAUCUAAACAAGUGAAAACGCGCUCGCGCGCCAAACAAGUGAGACAAAAUUCGAGUGCGAUUACAAUCAAGAAGUGAAACGACCGGGAAGAAAACAAAACAACAACUAGAAGCAGAUUGCGCGAGAGAGAAAUGUAAACAACGAAUAAAAAAGAUCAUUUAGUGGAGUGAGAAAGUUAAGGCGAGUUAAGGCGCUUAGAAAAAGGAGUAACAACGGUCGAAAAAGAGAAGUUUACAGUUAACUACAAGCGCGCUCAAACACAUACAAAUAAAAACAACCAGAUUGAUGAAUAGUGUAAGGAAGAUGAAAAAUUUAAGGUUAAAAAGUGGCAUUUGACAAGUGUGACGACGAGUGAAUGUCAAUAUCGAAGCAGGCGUUCCGCAGACAAACAAAUGGAUUAGCGCUGGGAUUAACUUUUUGACAUUUCGUCGGUCCCGUUUGAAUUUUUGUCGCAGCCUCCUUCGAUUUUUGUUGUUGCUGUCAAAUUCUGAUUCCUCCCUUGAGUCUAAAUUUUUCGCGACACUGACCACUCUCACACCUGGCCCGGCUGGUCUUCUAAUCAGGUCUUGCGGAUUGUUAGCUGAUCUCAAAUGGAACGAACGAGAAGGGGUAGGUCGUGCCGAAGGUGAAUGCUAGACGAUGCUUAACAUGAUGGUUCUGAUUGACCGGUGACACCACAGAGGAAAGAGACGCGGGAAACGGAAAAUGCAUCACAACGUCACUGCCAUCAUCAGUUCAACGCCAGCAAACUGCCAACAAUCUCCGGACCCCGGACUGAUCCCCGCUAAUUGCGCCCGCUCGAUCGCACCGUCGUCGCGCCUCAAUUUAAAAACAUUUAAAUUUUCGUAAUCUUCCCAAACGGCCCGCGAUUAAAAAGUGGAAGAAAAAUAAUUUCGCCUUUUUAGAACCCAAACCAAAUCAGUUCGACCCUCGAAUAUUUAUGUUGGAACUCAUCACGAAUGGCAUAAUGACUUCAUCGGGCAUGGACAUCAGUGAAUCGUUUCGGCCCGAAGAUCUGGGAAAGACGGACUUUUUCGACUUUGUCGGCAGUGCGGGAACCCGGGACGCCGCCAAUGGUGGCCAGAGUGAGGAAACUGCAACGAGUGUCGCCGCGGAUCGACCUCCGGGGGUUGGGGGAGGAGGUGGUGGCGGUGGAAGUUCGGGAACGUCGUCCUCCUCCUCCGCCAGCAGCAGUAGGAACGGGCCGGAUGGCGGAGUCAACGGAAGUGGUGGUUCGGUGGCGGACAGUGGGAACGGGUCCAGUGGGAGCAGCACCAGCAAUAACCAGCCUCUGCAGGGAUUCGAUCAGUUCUGGGGACCUGACAAAGAUGCGAACCGGCUCGACCAGACGAUGUUCGACGACAUCAACCGGUACUGCUGGAUCCAGCAGCAGGGUAGCGGUCCCGGCCAGCAGCCGCAGCAGCAGGCUGGAGGAGCGGUCAGCAAUACGGUUGCCGACACCGACGGACAGAUCUACACUUUGACAGUAUUGAAUGGUGCGCCGGAACCGUGGGUCCUCCGGAAGGACCCCAGCGCGGCGGAACCACCCCCACCUGCCUCGAAUCUCGAUCUCGACACGAUCCUCGGCGGCUUUCCGGGGUACGUCAAGACGGAGUGCUUCUCCUACGACGACAGUGGCUUCGGCACGGACCACCACGGCAAGGAGGACCAGCAACAGCAGUUGCUGAACCAGCAGCAGCAACAACAACACCAGCACCAGCAGCACCUUCACCAGCAAGUACAACAAAUACCAGUGACAUCCACCAACAUCGUGCUGUCCAACAGCCUAAUGGACCCGAACAGUGUGAUAGCGUACCAGAACAACAACAACAACGACUGGCAGAUGUCGGACCACAACGUGAUAGAGCACGAGACGACAUCGGAGUCGUUGCUUCGGUGUGCCCUUCAAGGCAAGGGUUACACCAAGGGAACGGCCGUCCAGCUGCAGAACGGCGGCAUCACCGUCAUCCCGGCCGGCCAAAUCAAAGAGGAAGACCUGCGGCGACUGGUCUACACGGGCGAGGCCGACACGAUGGCGUACGCCGACUCGACCCUGUCGGCGAACCCGCUCUUUGAAGAUUCGACGUUACACUCGCCCGGCUCGAAUCACAACCCUGCCGUCAACAACCCGCAGCACGUGCAACAUCCGGUGGUCGGUGACCUCGGGUCGGGCGUGGUCGUCGACGACAUGUUCCUCACGCUCGACUCGACCUUCACCGAGGACUACGAGAAGCUCAAACGGAUCGCGUCCGAAGUGCAGCAGUUUUGUACAGACAACAACAACUACACCGAGAUUAUCGUCGAAACCGCCGCUGCCAUCAACCAACACCAGAAUCCUGCCCUCAUCAGUAGCAAUAACAGCCUAGUGAUAUCCAGUGCGGCGGCCAACGCCACCGGCCACCACGCAAUAUCGACGACCACGUCGUCCGACGUUGUCACGACAACCUCCACCACCAAGGUCAAAGCGCCUCGUUCAUCCAAGAAGUACAAGCGAUCUCUCAACAACAACAGUGCAAACUCCACCACUACCACAAACAACAACAACAACAGCAUAGCCGUCAACAACAACAACAACACCAGCAUGAGCAACCUGAACACGACGGCCGUCUCCAUCCUCAGCAGCACCACCUCCAGCAGCCAAAACCCCAGCAGCAACCCCAGCCCCACCGGCCACUGUAACGGCCAGCGGAAGGAGCGCUCCCUCCACUACUGCUCGAUCUGCUCCAAGGGCUUCAAGGACAAGUACUCCGUCAACGUGCACAUCCGAACCCACACCGGUGAGAAACCCUUCGCCUGCUCCCUCUGCGGCAAAAGCUUCCGCCAGAAGGCCCACCUCGCGAAGCACUACCAGACGCACAUGGCCCAGAAGAACCCCGCCGGAAACGUCAAAGCCGGCAAGCAAAGUCGAGCUGCCGCCGAACAGGCGGCGGCAGCUGCGGCCGCAGCCGCACUUCAGCAAUCACCGGUUUCGGUUGCCGCUCCUCCUCCUCCGCUGCCCUCGCUGACGGCGGCGGGAACCCUCCAGUCGCAAGCGGUGGCCUCGUCCGGCGCCACGGCGGCGCCGAUCCUACUCAACACUGCCACCAUCGUUGCCAGCCGGUAAUCCGGAGUUUCCUCGCUCUCUCGCUUUGAAGACACUUCCGAAAGUGGCG